AUAAACACAACUACUGACACUUGUAAAAAUAUCCCCAUUAAAAAUGUACAGUCCUAUUUAAAGUGGUAGAUAAAAGAUUACUUACGUGGAACAGUAGCUUCGUAGUGAAGUUCUUGUGCUAAAAACUUAAAAAAAACUAUAUCAGAGCAAUGUUUGUGUGAAAAUAAGUACAGUGCAGCUAUUCUCAUAAUCUAACUUAGUGGCUACAAAAGAAGACAAAAUGGCGCAAAUGGAACAACAACUACCACUUCAGAUGCCAGAUUUAAGUACUCUGCGCAUCAGUACAGCUGUGUCUAUGCUGGGCAAAGCUUACGGAACUGGACAACCCAGUGCUCCUCCACCUGGAUCUUCAGCAAGUACUUCAGUUGGAGGUGGGCCCGAAGCCACUGGGAACAAUGUUGUGGCUCCCAGUUCGCUGGGACUUGUUCCCAUACAGCAGACACACACACCUCCGCAACCUCCUGAACUGCCAAUGUUUUCAUGUCCUCGGAGACCAGAUAUAGGACGUGAAGGCAGACCAAUCAACUUAAGGGCCAAUCACUUCCAAAUUACCAUGCCACGUGGUUAUGUACAUCAUUAUGAUAUUAAUAUCCAACCUGAUAAAUGUCCUCGUAAAGUUAAUAGAGAAAUUAUAGAAACAAUGGUUCAUGCGAAUAGUAAACUGUUUGGGACUCUCAAGCCUGUGUUUGAUGGGAGAAAUAAUUUAUAUACGAGAGAUCCCAUACUUAUUGGUAAUGACAAAGUAGAAUUAGAGGUCACACUACCCGGUGAGGGUAAAGACAGAGUUUUCAAAGUGUUUAUAAAAUGGUUGGCUCAAGUCUCGCUGUUUGCUUUAGAAGAGGCUCUAGAAGGACGUACAAGACAAAUUCCAUAUGAUGCUAUACUUGCUUUAGAUGUUGUAAUGAGGCAUUUACCAUCUAUGACGUAUACUCCAGUAGGUAGAUCAUUUUUCAGUACGCCGGAUGGAUAUUAUCAUCCAUUGGGAGGAGGCAGAGAAGUUUGGUUUGGAUUCCAUCAGUCUGUUCGACCAUCACAAUGGAAAAUGAUGUUGAACAUUGAUGUAUCUGCAACUGCGUUCUACAAAGCACAACCGGUCAUAGAAUUCAUGUGUGAAGUGCUAGAUAUUCGGGAUAUAAACGAACAAAAGAAGCCUCUCACAGAUUCUCAGCGAGUCAAGUUCACAAAAGAGAUCAAGGGUCUCAAAAUCGAGAUUACACACUGCGGAUCGAUGAGACGGAAGUACAGAGUGUGCAAUGUCACUCGCAAACCUGCCCAAAUGCAGUCAUUCCCUCUACAAUUGGAAAAUGGGCAGACAGUAGAGUGCACUGUUGCAAAGUACUUCUUAGAUAAGUAUAAGAUAAAGUUACGCUAUCCUCAUCUCCCUUGUCUACAAGUUGGACAAGAACACAAGCACACGUACCUGCCACUUGAGGUCUGUAACAUUGUUGCCGGACAACGUUGCAUCAAGAAACUGACCGACAUGCAGACGUCCACUAUGAUUAAAGCGACAGCCCGUUCUGCCCCCGAUCGCGAACGAGAAAUAAAUAAUUUGGUGAAAAGGGCCGACUUCAAUAACGAUUCAUAUGUACAAGAAUUCGGUCUGACGAUAUCCAACAGUAUGGUGGAAGUCAGAGGACGCAUUUUAGCCCCGCCCAAGCUACAGUAUGGAGGGCGCGUAAGUUCCCUCAGUGGACAGACAAAACAGCAAGCUUUGCCUAUUCAAGGUGUGUGGGACAUGCGCGGCAAGCAAUUCUUCACGGGCAUCGAAAUCAGAGUCUGGGCAAUUGCUUGUUUCGCACCGCAGAGAACUGUGCGCGAGGAUGCGUUGAGAAUGUUCAUAGCGCAGCUGCAAAGAAUAAGCAAUGAUGCUGGCAUGCCGAUCGUUGGGCAGCCCUGCUUUUGUAAAUAUGCCACUGGACCCGAUCAGGUAGAACCCAUGUUCAAAUACCUGAAAAUGACAUUCCCAUCAUUGCAGCUUGUGUGUGUCAUACUGCCUGGAAAGACACCAGUAUAUGCUGAGGUAAAAAGGGUGGGAGACACGCUGCUAGGCAUGGCGACGCAGUGUGUGCAGGCAAAGAAUGUCAACAAGACAUCACCCCAGACAUUAUCAAACUUGUGUCUGAAGAUUAAUGUCAAGCUGGGUGGUAUUAACAAUAUUCUGGUGCCUGGAAUCAGACCGAAAGUCUUUGACGAGCCUGUCAUAUUCUUUGGAGCUGAUGUAACCCAUCCUCCUGCUGGGGACAACAAGAAACCCAGCAUCGCUGCAGUGGUUGCCAGCAUGGAUGGACAUCCAUCCCGAUAUGCAGCCACCGUAAGGGUCCAGCAACACAGGCAGGAGAUUAUUCAAGAGCUCAGUUCGAUGGUCAGGGAGCUUCUUGUUAGGUUUUACAAGAGCACUGGAGGGUAUAAACCCCAUAGAAUAAUUCUGUAUCGAGAUGGUGUUUCGGAGGGACAGUUUUUGCAUGUGCUGCAGCACGAGUUAACUGCCAUCCGUGAGGCUUGUAUGAAACUUGAAGAUGAUUAUAAGCCUGGAGUCACGUUUAUCGUAGUACAAAAGAGACACCACACCCGCCUGUUCUGUGCGGAGAAGAGAGAACAGAGCGGUAGAAGUGGAAACAUACCUGCGGGGACAACAGUCGAUAUUUGUAUCACUCAUCCGACUGAGUUUGACUUUUAUUUGUGUAGUCAUCAGGGCAUUCAGGGAACAUCACGACCGUCACACUACCAUGUUCUCUGGGACGAUAACCAUUUUGAAAGUGAUGAAUUACAAUCUCUUACGUAUCAAUUGUGUCAUACGUAUGUUAGGUGUACAAGGUCUGUCAGUAUACCUGCGCCAGCAUAUUAUGCUCAUCUUGUAGCAUUCCGAGCCAGAUAUCAUUUGGUAGAAAAGGAACACGACAGUGGAGAAGGUUCCCAUCAAUCAGGCUGCAGCGAAGACAGAACGCCGGGUGCAAUGGCAAGAGCUAUCACAGUUCACGCAAACACGAAACGGGUCAUGUACUUUGCAUAAUUUCUCUUUUCUCCGUUUAAUUUUUACAAACACAUGCAAAGUAUAUCAUAAAAUAGUUUAAUCGUCAUAUCUUGCAUGUGCAAAUAUCUCCUAGACUGCUUGAGCGCUAGACGAUCGCAACACGUGACCAAUUUUUGCAUUUAACUGAACCAACGUCUGCCCAAAACCUAGAUGAUAUAACCCCUUAUAUCAAAUUUUCUUUUACUCUCUUUUAUUUUUGUGGGUUUUGGACCAGACCAAUCACUUUUAAUAUUUUAUGGAGUAAAAGAGGUGCUUUUAGUUAAUCAUGUUUCCAAUUAGACUAAGACGUACGCAGCUCGACUGUUAGGCUAAUUCGCUAGACAGACAAUUAAAGACGGAAACCAGCUGCCGUGCAUAUUACGCUUAUUUUUCUUAAAAGGAAUUUUUAAGAUAACAGAAAAUAUAAAACGAGAAUUCACGAUUGUAUAAACCGUUUUUUAGAAGUGUCAUUUUUUUCUUGUAAAAAAAACAUGUUUUUAGGUUUACGGUUUCAUAUAUAUUUAUCGCAUCUAUUGUAUUUAUUCUAAGAUUGCGAAAAUUGGUCACGUGUUAUGCUAAUUAGGGAGAUUUGGGAAUUGUUGUUGUCUCCACGCCAAUGGCCAAAAUAAGGUAGUAAUCUAUUGUAAUGAAAUUUAUUGAAAAAAUGUGGCAAAUUGAAGGACACAGUGUUAUAUAUUGUCUUAAGCGUUGAACAAUGUGCCACAUUGGUGAAAUAUAUUUGAGUCUCUUCGCAUAAUCAUGAAUCAUUAAAAAAGGUGGAAUAACGUCGUUAUUAGUGUAGAAUGUGUCACUAAUUUGUCAUUGCAAUGAUUAACCCACUGUAGACGAAUUUCAACAAAUGAAUAGUAAUUCAAAAUUCUGUCUGCAACGGGUUAAUUAAUUAAAAUUAAUUAGUACACUACGGAUUUUAUGAUUUUAUUAUGAGUGCAAUAUAAACACUGAAAAACGAGUAAAAUAUUCUAACAAUUUUUGUAUUAUUACAAAAGGAACAAAUUUUCGACUGAUUAGAAUUGUUAAAAUAAUUGCAUGACAAUUAACAGGAAAUAUUUUAUUUUGUAUAAAUAUCCGCAGUUUAUUAAUUAAAGACAAAGUAGUGUAUUUCUUACAAUUUUAGUUUCACUGACAAUAUUUUCUGAAUAUAGCCCAGAAGUCAUUGUCAUUGAUAAUGCAGCUUGAACUGUGGUGGCACUUAAUUCAUAUCACACAUUUAUUUGAAGAUUCAUGAAAUUAUGGCGAGAUUAUCCGCUCGGAUAAGAAAAACAUGUCUUGAAAUUAACGUCGGGAUUAAUUAAUAAUGCCAGGAAUGAUUUGAAUGAUGCCUAAGAUGUAAGAAUGAUUCAGGAAAAAUUCAGAGUAUAGUGAAGAGAGACCAGUUAUGUUUAUUAUCAUAUAUAAAUUUUAAAGGCGAGAUUUUUAUUCGAUCGGAUUCUUUGAUCACAAUUGUGCGCGGUGAGAGGGAUCUAUUUAAAUAGAACAAUAAUCUUAAUGAACACAAUAAUUGUAUUAAGAGCCUUAAACGCUAUUACAACGUAGAGCUAAUAAAUAGAUAGGGUAAUGAAGUGUAUAAACAAGUACUGAAUGCUGUGCGCCACAAAUCGUUUAAUGUAUGUUUGUUACGAUCGUUGGUAUACUGAAGCGUUAAUUAAUAUUCGCUAUUUCAAGCUUUAAUUAUGACUUAAUUAAAAUUUUAUUGAUUCAUGAGCUAGUAUUAAUUAGCACUGUCAGAUUGUAAUUUUACAAUCAAAUUCGUAUCCAACACAGAACAUUUACAAAAAUCGUCUACUGGUGAAAUCGCAAAAGUAAUAGUUUCUAAGACAGUGGGACACAGCUCAAGAAAAAGUUUACAAAAUCGUUAGUAAUAUAAAUACCAAUUAAGCAUUCAUAAAUUACAAAAUUUCAACAUGGAACAAUUUUAGUCUGUGUACCAACGAUCCUGACUAUAGAUUUCUAAGUACUACAGUCGUAAUAUUAUCUCGGGAAAGUAUGAGAAAGGACCGACCUUUAACUAUCAAUAAUUAAUAUUUAUUCUAGUUGUAAAUUUAACGCUGUAAUCUAGAGUAUCACAUAUACUUAUAACGUUUAAUAUCUAAUAUGACUUGGCAAGAAAAUGAAGUUAAUAAGUAGCAGGUUAGUAAAUAACCUGCUAAAAAUAAUUACGCAAAUCUAAAAAAUGUAAUUAUUGUACGUUCGCACGAUGAUGUCUCUGAGUCGGUUCCGUUAACAAAAAGGAACAGUUAUGCGAAUGCAAACAGUGAAAGUGGGUAUAUAGCGAAUAUUACGAUCGACGAGUGGGUCUAAAAUAAUUCGCGUUGUUGAGAAUGGAGUAAUAAUGCAUUCAAUAAUUAGUAAUCAUAAUCCAUAAUGAGGCCAUACAGCUUGUAUAUUAGGUUUUAAGCCAAACACUUCACAACAAGCGCGGUAUUCAACAAUUAGCGUAAGCAAAUACCGGGAAUAGUAGGAAAUUUCAUUAUCAAUGGAAAAUUAAUUGAUCAAAGAGAAUUUGAUAUUUCCUUACACACUCAAGCGUCAAAAUAAAUUAGCCUCCAUUUGUAAAUAUACCUCAGUAAUUUAUCGACAUUUUUCGGAAACAUGAAUUGCUUACAAAGAGUUUUGUAAUUUUUAAUUUAACGAUUUAAGGUGGUUAGAUUAAUUCAUCGAUCUUUCCAAUCCUGCGGUUAAUAAAACGUUCGUCUUAAAAUGCGUACUAGUGACUAAAGAACGUACAUAGACACACAGACAGAAUACUACAGGGUGACCUCUUUAACUGGACCCACUCGAAUAUCUUUGAAGCCAUUGAUGAUACCAAAAAAUGUGUUAGACAAAAGUUGUGUGAUUUCAGGGCGUGUACAGUUUUCUUUUUUCUUAUAUGGAAUCGUAUAUUUUUUUAGUGCAUUGGUCGAUGCAGCUUGUGAUUAUCUUGAGAAAGUACUAAGUUACUUCUUAAUCAAAAACCACCAAUUCAAAAGAUAUUUCAAUUUCAAAAUGGCACGGUACUUUUUAAUUAUAUUAAAAACUCCUUUGAACCACUGGUGGAUGCACUUUAGUAUUUAGGACCACGACUAUUAAUUAGGUCAUAUGAUACACCGUUGGAAAACGUAUGAGUAGAGGAGUCUAACAUGGGUGGUCAUUAACUACUACUGCAAUUAUCCAUUCAGAAAAUGUGAGUGAAAAAAAAAAGUAUGAAUCCGGCACUAGCGUAUUCUGUCCAUAUGUGUGUAUCUGUGACACAGUCACAAAAUAGUCGGUCGCCACACGGUGGUCACACAUUGAAGUAGCUUAACUAGGCUAAUAUAAAAUUUGGGCUCAUAAAUAAUGUACAUAUAAGUUAGGGAUAAAAGUCAGGUACGAGUUAGAUAGCCGCAAGGCGACCGGCGACCAAUUCCUCGUGCGUGAAAAGAAGUUUGAUCUAUUUGAACACAUGAUUAGUUGUAUAAGGGCUCAAUUCACAAGAAAUGUAUUUGUAAGUAAAAUGAUCUUUUUGCAACAAGAAUGUAUUUUUUUCACCGUAUCCUAAUUUGACUUGAAUUUUCGAAGCAGGACAUUUGCAGUAGCAAUGAUUACCUAUGCUGGACUUUCAUACUCAUACGCUUUUCAACUAUGUACUAUUAUUAUACCAAGGCAAAUUAUGUGCCUUGUAAAACUAUUUCACUUUAGUCUGAAAUAUUUUGUUUCAUGGUCAACGGUUUCAAAGGAACAUCAGUAGGUUGAUUUAAAUAGACUACCCGGGGUAAAAAAAAAUGCUUGCAGAAAAGCAUAUACUGAUACAGUUUAAUGAAUCUUUCAGAUAACGGGUCAGGCAUAGUAUGUAAUGAAAUGACGGGGUCUAUUUACAAAACAGAAGCGUUUACUUCUUACCACGUAUCCCAGAAAUUUUUAAAAUAAGGCAAAUAAUUUAUAUUUGUAUCUCGUAUAUAUAUUAUACACACACAUAUAUAUAUCCUAUAUACAUAUAGUAUAUAUGUAUGUAUAAUGUGUGUGUGCGUGUGGCCAGGACAAGACGGUAUAUAAUUCACUGCGUGCUGCGUGCAAAACACGAAUCAUACAAUAAUUCCACGGGAUUAAAGCACCAAUGAAUACCUUUGUACAUCACGAAGAGCUUUAGAUUACACCUUUUAAUUAAUUGUAUCUGCAUGUGGUUGUUUAAUGUAAUUAGUAAGCUGUUUUAAACGAAUCUGUUGUUCAUACCGCCGUCAGUGGUUUCACGUGGCAUUUCAGUCGGACUAUAUAAUUUUUCAUCAAUUGUUCUUCGCAGUAUUAGUAUUGAUAACAUUAUGCAGUCCUUUGCGUUUUUAUAUAUUUUACUGUACCAUCAGUUUUUGAGGAAUUUAAAUUAGAAAAGAAAAUCAAGUCUUUAGCUUUUUAGAAUUUCUUUCUUUUUUCUUUUUAUAAAAGAAUCGUAGAGCUCUUAUAAUUAAUACAGAACAAAUUCUUAAGCUCUAAAA